GCAAGUGAAAGAGAGAGAGCAAUGGCCAGUUCCAGUAAUCAAGCAUAUCUCUAUGAAAGGCCCCAGCUGAGCAGACUCUGUUCUCAAAUAAGAACUUCAAGAUGGCAUCAACUAGGAAUACAGCUAGAAGUGGAUCAGGCAACACUCAGUAACAUCAGAGAUGAUGGCUCUAUCCCGUAUGAGGAGAAAAGAUGCCGCAUGUUUGAGAAAUGGCUGGACGGUAACUCUAGAGCAACUAAUAAGCAGCUGCUGGAAGCACUAAGGCUAAAAGUGAUAGGAGAAGAUGCAAUGGCAGAGGAAUAUGAGCAGACACUUGUAUCAAGCCAACAAGAGAGCAAUGGGAGGAUUGAGGGUACAGCAGAUUCAACACAGAAUGAAGACAAUCCAACAAAAGAAGUGAUGGAAGAAAUGUCAAAGAAAGCAAUAAGUACAACAGUUAAGCUAACCAGUGAGGCACUGGAGUUACAAGCCAAGUAUCACAAGCUCUUGCAUCUAGUCCAGACCUCGUGCAGAGAAGCUGAACUCGAGCCGAUAAAAAACAUCGUUAGGACAAUACUCCAAGAGAAAUCCCUCUACCAACUGGCAGCCAUUGCUAGAUACAGGAGAGAAAUAAACAGCCUCAGCUCUGUAGAUCAAGUUUUCCAAUUCCUCGUUGAGAAACACUUCAUAAGUUAUCUUAACUUUCAACUCCUCAAAGAAUUCUCCACUAAAACAAUAUGCGGCCUUGAAGCUAGCAAGAAGAUAGAGAGGGAGAUCUCAAAGUACCAGAAACACUUCAAAAGCUUCAUGGACAUACCAGAGUUCUCAACUCUGAUACAAGUCUUUGACGAGAACCCUCACCUAAACCCAAGCACCAUAGUGGGACUGCCUAUCAUAAUAAUAUCACUCUUUGGAUCAUGGAAGCAUCGGAACAGAAAGGAGCUGAGUGAUUGGAUACCUUUUCUAAAGGAAAACAAAGAGCUACUGCAGUCUAUGGGAUAUAAGUGUAUACUCAUCACUUAUGCACUCUUCCCUAUCGAUAUUCCCCAGGUAAUGACUUUCCUAAAUGAUUGUACUAAAAUGGAGGAGCUGAAAAAGAAUGGGAUAACUAUAGAAAUAUCAGAAGAGGCUACAACAAUGUUUAAGUUGCUCUCAUCUCCAGAUGUAAGCACCUUGAUAUCAAAGUUGGAGGCAGAAAUGAAAGUUCUGCAAGAAGAGAACACAAAGCUCAAAGAAAUGAUUGAUUCCUUGAAACAGACUCAAGAAAAGAUAAUGGACAUGCUGACACAGACUCAGGAUAAGAUAACACAAAAUAAAGAGGCUAUCCAUCAAAUGGCAGCGACCCAGAAUCAAGACAAGAAAUCAAACGAUUACAAUUUCACAGAAAUACAAAACGGAGAGCAUCAAGUACCAGUGCCAAAAAGAGGAAGAUCAAAAUCAGAGAUCGUUAGUGCAAAAUCAGAACAAAAGCGUCCUCAAUACCUCCCAGUAUAUGUACAUAGAACCAGCUAUCCAGGACCAGGUACAGAAGAAAGAAUGAUUAAGAGACCAUUAUCCCUUGGAGAAUACACCAUAGUUGCAAUACACUCUCAUUUACAAUAACACACACACACACAUUAUACUGUUUGGUUGCAUUUGUUUUUAAAGUUUUCACUGGUAGCAUUUCAUGACAACACUGAA